AUGUCUGACGAUAAGAAGCAUGUGGAUGCAGCUCACAUCGAGCAGGUCGAUGUGCUCAAGGAAAGUCUUGGUCAAGACCUUGACUACUCCGGUGCUGUCAGCAAGUCUGACCCUAAGGAGAUUGCUCUCGUCAGGAAACUCGAUUUUCGCAUCAUGCCCACUCUAUGGGCAAUGUACUUUCUCAACUACCUCGACAGAAACACGAUUGCACAGGCUCGACUUGACAACCUUGAGUCGGAUCUUGGGCUCGAGGGCAACCAGUAUAAUACUUGUAUCAGCAUUCUGUUUGUUGGAUACUUGCUCAUGCAGAUUCCAUCUAACAUGAUCAUGUCGACUGGAAAGGUUCCUCCUUCCACUUAUAUGGGAGUGUGUAUGAUGGUCUGGGCUGUCGUUUCGGCCUGUACUGCUCUUGUUCACGACUACAAAGGUCUUGUCCUUGUUCGUUUCUUCCUCGGUAUCGCCGAAGCUCCGUACUAUCCUGGUGCACUCUUCAUGCUUUCCCUCUUUUACACUCGAAAAGAGCUUGCAACGCGUCUUGCCAUUCUCUACUCCGGCAACAUCAUCGCUACCUCUGUUUCUGGCUUGAUCGCAGUCGCCACUUUCAACACCCUCAGCGACGUCCACGGUAUAUCCGGUUGGCGCUGGUUGUUCAUCAUUGAGGGCUCGGUGACCUUCGGUAUUGCGAUCAUCAGUAUCAUCCUCCUUCCAAACCACCCGCUCAAGACCACCUGGCUCACCCCGGAAGAGCGCGAAUUAGCUCACCAACGUAUCGUCCGCGAUACAGUCGGGAUGGAAGAGAACAAAGGAGCUAGAGCCGGCUUCAUGCAAGCGAUUCGCGACCCUCGCCUUUACCUAUUCUGCUUGAUGCAGAACCUGCACUUGAGCGCUUGUGGUUUCAACAAUUUCUUCCCCACUGUGAUUGGAAGUCUCGGAUUCAGCCGUACAAUCACUUUGGUCUUGACCUGCCCUCCAUACCUCGUCUCUGGUGUGGCCGGUGUCGUCGUUGGCUUGACUUCUGGCAAGUUGAAUGAGCGAACCUGGCACAUCACCCUCUCCAUGGGCAUCGCAGCGGUCGGGUUCAUCAUCUCUUGCAUCACGCUCAACACUGGUGCCAGAUAUUUCUCCUGCUUCUUGUUUGCUUCUGGUGCCUAUGCCGUCAACUCUGUCAUCCUUGGCUGGGUAUCUGCGACUCUAGGCCAGACAAGAGAGAAGAAGGCUAUCUCACUGUCGAUUGUGAAUGUCGUUGCAAAUGCUUCUUACAUCUACACGCCUUAUUUGUACCCCAAGACUGAUGGCCCAAGAUAUCUUACCGCCAUGUCGGCAAACACUGCGUUUGCUGUCGGGACCAUUGCUUGCGCCUGGGGUUUGAGGAUCUGGCUCAUCCGAACCAACAAGAAGAACAGAGGCGAUGGAGUAACAUCUGCCCUUGCUUAUGCUUACUGA